CAUUUCAAGCGCAGAAUGGGGAAAGCAUUAUGGAAUGGAGAUUUCUUUUCCACUUUCUUGGUCCAUUCGUUGCUAUAAAUAUAUCUUCUUCUCUUUCUCGUUUGCACACACAUUACUUCCAUAAUGGAACACACACAAACGCUGUCUCAGGAAUCCCUGAAGAGCCAAGCAGUUAUCUGGGACGGCCUCUUCGGGUUCGUGGACUCCAUGGCGCUCAAAUCUGCCGUGGAGCUCCGCAUAGCCGACGUCAUACACUCUCAUGGCCGCCCAAUCACCCUGUCCCAGCUGGCAGCCUCCUUGGAAUCUCCUACCUCCCCAGAUAUUCCUUACCUCUUCCGCAUCAUGAGAUCACUCGUCCGCAAGGAGAUCUUUACCCUCCACCAUCCAUCCGACGGCGGUGACGCUCUCUAUGGCUUGACGGAGGCGUCCAAGUGGCUCCUCCAUGGUUCUCAGUUCAGCUUGGCUCCGAUGGUGAUGAUGGAAAACCAUCCAUGGCAGCUUGCCCCGUGGCAUUAUUUGAGUGCGUGCGUCAGAGAAGGUGGGAUCGCCUUCGAGAAGGCUCACGGGUGCGAGAUGUGGGACUUCGCCUCCAAAAACGCAGCGUUUAACAAGAUAUUCAACGAUGCAUUGGCAUGCACGAGUGAGUUCAUCACGGAAGCGUUGCUGCGCGAGUACAGAGAGGGGUUCACCAACAUAGAAACAUUGGUGGACGUCGGUGGUGGGACCGGUGGCGCCAUGGCGGAGAUCGUGAAGUCACACCCACACAUCAAAGGAAUCAACUUCGAUCUGCCACAUGUCAUCGCCGCAGCCGAUGAGUACCCUGGAGUCACCCAUGUCGGCGGUGACAUGUUCCAGUCCAUUCCUGCAGCUGAUGCCAUUCUCCUUAAGUGCGUUCUGCAUGAUUGGAGCGAUGAGCACUGCAUGAAGAUUCUUCAGAACUGCAAAAGGGCGGUGGCGGAGAAGAAGGGGAAGAUCGUAAUAGUGGAGAUAGUGUUGGAGGAAGAAGAUGACUGUGGCGUGUUUGGCAACACAAAGAUGGCAUAUGACCUGCUCAUGAUGGCGCACACAACGGGGGGAAAGGAGAGAAGUGAAGCUGAAUGGUGCACCUUAUUGAAGGAAGCCGGUUUUGGUCGUUACAACAUCAUCAAAAUCCCUACUAUACCAUCCGUUAUUGAGGCUUUCCCUUUUUAAAAAGGUAUAAAAAAA